AAUCCUAAACACGACGCACCAAGGUACAAUAACACCGAAGAGGUGAAACCUGCGAAUACACCUCCAUGGUAUGUUUGUGAGUUCCUUUAGAUAAAUAUGACCUCUCAAGGAAAAAGGGUUAUUAAUCUUGUACUAUGAAACUAUUUUGUUACUAAGUGUCCAAACUAUUAUUGCUUGUUUUUCUUAAGAUACAUACUAGCGGUCUUUUUCCAGAUUUGGCGUAAAACUCUGGAAUGAGAUACCAUGUAACAUGCGAAAUCUACCCAAGAAAGAAUUUAAAAGAGAAAUUCGCCCACUUCGCUUAGAUAUUUUAGUAAAAGAAAAUGACUAUAUGGACCGAAACACCUUUUAUCAUACAAUAAGUUGGUGCGGCUAAAUAAUUAUGAUUUUUCUUAAAUGUUUCAAUUGAUUUUUCUCUUCAACCUCUAAGUCGUUAGCGUUUCCUUGACUUUUUCUUUAUGUAUAAUGAUACUAAUUUAAAUUUAUUUAUGUGAUAUUAUUUAUUUUAAAAGUUAAACCCUAACCCUCAGCUUUUCUUCUGUCCCGCCUAGAUUAGCUUUUGCUACCUGAGAGACAUUAAUUAAUUAAAGUUAAAUCUUUCAAUAAAGUUAUGUUGUUGUUGUUGUUGUUGUUGCUGUUGUUGUUGUUGUUAAAGGGCCGUUUUCAAAUACAUGGGUAAAUUUUCACUUAAUUUUCAUAUAAAGUAGGUUGUUAAAUGUUGCUACGGACCGACAAUUACGUUGUAAUUUGCCAGUAUGACAAUAAUGGUACCGUAAUAGUAUGACAUUGAACACCUAAAAGUUAUACUGCACGAUUGCUAUAAAAGUAAUUUUUUUCCUUUGUUAGGGAAUUUCAGCUGCGGUACGAGGAGCUGGUGAUACCAGGACGAAAUGUUUCCGACGUACUAGAGAUUGUAUUUAGGAAUUAUGACAAGAGAAUUCGUCCUUUCUAUGGAGGUAAAAAAUCCUUAAACAACUUUACUUUUAUUUAAGGUAUGUUUGAUGUAGUAAAUAACAUAAUUUUUUUUUCCUUAUUUCAGUGACAACUCUCGAUGUUGGCCUGGACAUGUUAAUUUUGUCUUUUGGAGAGAUAAGUGAAACGAGUAUGGUAAGUUAGGCAACGAGGAAAACAAUUCCUAAAUCCUCUUGCAAACGGACGCAAAAUUUUUCUUGGACGCAACAUUGUUGGCCAAACCCAACGAUUCCCAAAGUAAGUAUCGUUGGAUGUUAUAUAGCGCGUCUGUUUGCAUGCACACCCUAUUGCAUGUUGUUACAAGUUGUUGCGUGUUGUUGGGAGUAGUUGCUUCCAUUUGCACGUCGCCUUAAGGUGAUGUUACACGGGACGAUUCGCAACGACGAUUUUUAGCGAAACACAGCGUUGCAAUGUUGGAACAACGUUGUAACUAUUCAAAACAAUGUCGCAACAAUAUUGCAACGAUGUGUUGUGCUAAAAAUCACCGUUGAGAAUCGUCCUCGUGUAAUAUCACCUUUAUACAGAUCGCGUUGUGUGCCCAAGAAGAGGUGACAUCCCAUAUGACGGGUCGACAUAAACCCAGGUUUGUAGAACCCCACGUGCCCAACCUCGGAUAAGUUGUCGGUUUAAUUCCCGUACGUCGUGAACUCCUUCAUCGGCCAUGAUCGUGGAAAAAGUUAACAAGAAAUUUUAUCACUGGUUCUACAAAGUCAGAAACAAGGGAUUCCUGUUUCUUGAUUGGAGCCCGUGAAUUCCAAGAAAUUAAUCAGUAAAUAGUUGAUCAGUAAGCCCAUCGUGGUUUUUCGCAGUUUCCGGUCCAACGUCCCCCCGUCCCCACUAGUCCCAUUGCUAUAAUCAGCAAGCACUUUUCUUUGCUGUUGGAUACGAAGACAUUACACAGGAUCAGUAAUGAAGCUCAAACUGAGAUAUUUAAGUUUGCAGUUAGUAUUUCAUGACCUCGUUAACUUAUCAAGCACAAAGGAAGCGAAUAAUGAUUAUCCUUGUUUUCAUUUUUACUUCAUUCUAGGAUUUUGAGGUGGACCUAUACCUUGGUCAAUUUUGGCAAGACCCUCGCUUAGCUUUUGGAAUUAAUAGAACAAUUAUCCUGGGAGGAGCAGCAUGUGAAAAGUUCUGGUUACCUGAUACCUUCUUUGUCAAUUCAAUUGACACUAGAAUACACAGAAUGGUCUUCGCAAACAAGAAAGUUUGGAUAAAUUUGAUUAAUGGGACUAUGAUGCUCAGUGCAAGGUAACGAUUCAGAUUGUUAAUAGGAAGAUAAAUAUUAAGACACUGUAAGUGAAAAUCACGUCACAAUUUUUAAAAAAGGGGAUCUCGAUAUCACGGUAGACUUGAUGCUUCAUCAAAAGAACCUUUACAAUCGAGAUUUUCAAAACAUCACUGACAAUGGUUUUUCGGAUUGGGUCCUUGAUCAAUCGCCUCAUUUCGGACGAAAUGGGGACUAUGUCUAUCCCUCGAAAUAUCUCAGUUGUUGUUAACAAUUUACCAAAAAUUUCAGGAAACUUUGGCAGUUCAUUUUUGUUUGAGAAUCCAUUUUGUCACGGCCAUUAGACACGACCGAAAAAGCACAAGGUUCUCAGGUACUGACGACAACGACGAAAAUAUGGUGCGCGAUUAGUUCCAAUCGGAAUUCUCAGCAGGAGAAAGGAACUAUACAAGUUUGGAAAAUACAGCCUGCUUAAAAACCCCGGAAAGUUACCAAAAAUGUUAGUAAGCAGACUUAAGAUAAUCUUUUAAAAAAUUUGCCGAAAUUUUGAUCGGUGUCGAAUGAGUAUGUUCUCUUUACUUUCACCAGGCUUGUCACGAAAAACUCAUGUAAGCUAGACCUAAGAGACUAUCCUCUGGAUAAGCAGACCUGCCAUCUGGCUUUUGAAAGCUGUAAGUAAAGUUAAGCACUAUACUUAUUCCAGCUGUGUAUGGCAUUGAUUUAAACUCUAAAAGCAAUAGCAUUCUUUAGAACGGAUUGCAACUUAAAGAAGAGAGGAUAGAAUAAAUUAAAGUUAUUACGGAAAAUGCAUGGAAAUUCUUGCAAAGUUAUCUUGGCUCAUCCGGCUCGAUUUUUAUUCGAUUUUUUUUUAUUAUAAUUGUUUUAGUUUCAUAUGAAGAAAAAGAUUUGAAGUACAAAUGGAAAUCCGAGGUGGAAAGUGACAUCUUUAUUUACGACAAGGAAAUGGCACAGUUUGACAUCAUCAGCGCGAAGAGAUACCUGAAGCACAAAGUCUAUCAUUCUAGUAAGAAUUUAAUUCCCAAACAUUUGUCAAGGAAUUGAAGGAAAUAAAUUAAAGUUUCUUCACCAAAUGAAUAAAGAAGAGAGGAACACAAAAAGGUCCAGAUAUUACGGGUCAAUACCAUAAGAUACCGGCGUAUUACGACCUCGAGAAAAGCUGCUGGGCAGAGGAAAGAAUGUCCCCUUCCUAAUUCCAAAUCCAAUGCUUAACUUUUCCUGAAAUCUGGUAUUUAAACUUCUGAGAUCCUUUCUGAAAACAGCAUUAAAAGAAUGCAUUGGAUGGUUCAUCUAGUGUGACGCUUAUUUUCAAAGGGUGUAUGAACAAAGGGUCAACAUGUCUACAUUCGUCGAGUAAGGAGCGACGCGGUCCUUACUCGUGUUUAUAUUACUAUUAAGUCUUUUAAUUAGAGAAAUGUAUGCUAGCCUUCAGUUGUACGCUUGUCAGGCAGAAAUACAUAUAGUUUCCUGGAAUUAACGUUACUUAUUUACCACACGAUUGUUAUAAGAGCUAUCUUAACCGCUGGUUACAUUUUUACAGGCACCUUUUCAGGUUUGACGGCCACUAUGAUAUUUCGACGACGAUCCAUGUAUUACAUCUUCCAAAUGUACAUUCCCUGCGUGUGCGUUGUGGCUCUCUCUUGGGUUAGCUUCUGGAUCAAUCACGAAGCUGUCCCUGCUCGUGUAGCGCUCAGUAUUACCACAGUAUUGACUAUCAGCUACAUGCGAGGAAGUGUUAAUGCAGGAAUGCCUCGUGUGUCCUACUUGAAGUCCAUCGACUAUUUCCUCCUAGGCGGUUUUGUCUUCAUCUUCAUGACGCUGCUGGAGUAUGUUUUAGUGCUCAAGCAGUCUCGCAAGUUGCAGGAAAUUAAAGAAAAGAAAACUGACUACGAGAUGGGGAGUCCAACUGGAGAAGAUACGGUAAGAAGUGUUCACUCAAAUUUUAGAACAAGAUAUCCAUCAGUAGCCUACAGUAAAAGAAUGCACUUUCCUUGAGUGUCAAUGUAUUAAGCACUAAAAGUACUCUACUACUGGGGACAGGACCGCCAUUUUAUAUAGCUUGGUCAUCCGAACCACGCGAAGGUCUAGGCCGGCAGCCCAGCUCUGCCAAAUGAAUCAAUCCUGCCGCUACUAGUUCUAUUUCCGUUAAUUUUAGGCCGUUCUUUGUAACCUUGCUUACCUUCACAUUUUUUCAGGAUCGGAAGCCGUUACUGGUUACGGUUGCCGUCGAUGGUAAGAGUUACAACUUUAAACAUCGUUUCGAAGAUAUGGAAAACGGAGACAGUUACCAUGCCAAACGAAAGUUCUCAAUACACGAACGUAAACGAAAGCAAAGCCUAGCCGCACGUCUAAAGCCCUUAUUUGGCAAGAAGAGAAGGAAAGAAAGCAAAGGCGGCCUUAAAUUAAUUAAACAGAGGUUCAGGUCUGAAAAAGGUGUUCAUUACUUGGAUCAAUACUCACGAAUUCUUUUUCCACUUGGAUAUAUCGCCUUCCUCACCACAUACUUUGUCAUUUACAUGGCGUAGCCGAGAGCCUAAGAUGCAGAGUGGUGUUGAUUAGUCUUUUUCAACACCCCUGGUCCAUGGUCACGUACAUGUACACAAGUACGUUCAUUGCCUCAGAGGCAGGUAGAGACGUGUCAUUUGAAAGAGGCUUGCUUUGGAAAUAUGGUAGACAAAGACGGCGGCAAACGCAGGAUAUUACGCACUAGUCUGUUGGCAGCUUACUGAGAAAUUUUGGAAUAUAACCAUGUAAAGAACAUAUAAUUCUUCUGUAGCCGAUAUGAUAUCCUCGAGUACACUAAUUUCAACUUUGCAUGCAUUACACAAACUUAAAGCAGUGGAAUUAGUUUUUCGAUUUAUACGCCAUGACACAAAUGUCCUCUGUUCAUAAUAACACUGUCAGUGACUCCAAUGGACAACAAAACUGAAUUAAAAAAGCAAAUAAAACUCAGGAAUCAGAUUAACCCCUCUAGCCCCACAGUGACGGAAACCACAAUUUCACUGGUAAGAGACACCACAUCUUCAUUAGGUCGACACCUCUCCUUAACAGGCAAUCACGAGGGUCAAGUGGAUUCACUGUGUGUGGUUAUGUUCACAUCGUAAUACUGAAACUUUUCUAUUCAAAAUGAAACAUUUGUGUUUAACACAGAAUGAAUUAUGCGUAUAUUUUUAUAACUGUAUCAUAGAAUAUACCCGAACUGAAUGUUAAGAUAAGGUUUAGGUUGUACUAGUUGACAAAGAACAUCUUGACAGCAUCAUCCAAGAUUGAUGAUUGUGAGGCCAUAGAUACCUCUUGCGUCAUUAACUUUAUUAUAUACAUACUGAGAAAUACACACCAAAAAGCUAUGUCGCAAAUUUUCGUACGCAAAUUAGUUCUAGCCAAUCAGAGGAGCGAACGAUGUUUUUCACACGUGAAAAAAAUGAUACUUCCAAUCAGAAUCGCGAACGAUAUUUUUUCACGUGUGAGAAAAAUGAUACGUCCAAUCAGAAGCAACAGAGGUGUGGGAGUUUCGCGCCAAAAUUCCCGCCUUUUAUUUCAGCUUGCAGCGCCGCUUCGCACACAUUCAAAGAGAAAAGUUUUACUCAAAGAGUUUUUCUCACUAAAAAAAUUGAAAAACAUUUCGGAAAUGGAGUGGAAUAGUUUCGUUUGUUUCACUGUCGAUAAAGAAAAAGGUAUGAGCCGGCGAAACAACAGCGGAAAGGGAAAAACAGAACGAGACGUAAGCUUUUGUUGUACUUUUUGUCGGAGCUACUUCGCCUUUCAUUUAUGCUUAAGCUUAUAUUGAAACCGGCCAUUUUACUUAAAUUCAAUUGUGCAUUGAGAACAAACAGUUAAGAUUACUUAUAGUUCUUGGAUUACCUCAUAUCCUUACCGUCAUUCAUGUUUUUAACAAACGUUUUUACUAAAAACCUGAUACUUCGUUUUCGUUGUCAUUUCACCGUAAGUGUAUAGCGGCAAAUUUUAGCAUUUUUGAAAGAUUUAAAAUAAAAAGGCCGCCAAAAUGAUGAAUGUCUCAGUAUGUAUAUAAUAAACACAAUACCACAUGGAAAGUGCUUUGUACGGUAUUUACGCACUCGUUGUUUUUGUAUCAGAAAUCUUACUUGUUCGCUGCGCUCACUCGUUCGAUUUCUGAUACGUCAACAACUCGUGCGUAAAUACCGUACGCCAGCACUUUCCAUGAAGUAUUCUCUAUGUAUUACGGGUCAUAUCAAUAUACAACUUGCACGGUGGAUAGUAAGGUCCCAUGCAGAAUGUGUAAAUCUUGCGCCAGCAUUAAUCAAAUCAAAUAUAUGCACACUGCGCAUAAUAACCUUACGGAGGACACCAUUAAAAAGAAGACGUAUUAAUUUGUAUUUCGCUUAUUGCUGACUGAACAAUGAAUAAUAAACGCUUAAUAGGCAGGGGUGCCACAACAGCGGUGAGCCAAUUACAGUGGUCCCAGAGCUUAAAAUAUAUGUAUUAGAAACAGUAAAACUUCGUAUCACAAUAGAGAUGGACAGACAAGUCACGUGAAACGUUACAUGAAGGACAAAUGGUUUUCUAGGAUCGUGGGUUCUCUGGGUCGUUGUUACGUUCUAAGGCAUCCACGUAGUACUUGUACAUUAUGGAUUUGCCGAAUUGGCUGAUGUGAAGGUUGCAUGAAAGUUGAAGGUCAUUUGCAUUGCUAGCGUGUUUCAGAUUCUGGUGGUUCUAUUAAAAAAAGACAGACAGUAUUACAUUCCCUUGAAAUAAAGUGAGUGAGAUGACGGUUGCUGUUAGAUCUGGUAGUGCGAGUAACUAAGACUUGCGGGAGAACAGAGGGACUAACUCUAACUGUGCCGGUUACAACUUUGAAAAAGAAAAUCAUGUCUAAAAACUCGGGCCAAUAUGAGAUUGGUAAUACCUUAAAGUUAAGAUUCAUUGGUCUGUCCCUAUGUGUUUGGUCUCAAAUGAAUGGUAGAUCCAGGAUAUACUUUGUAGCGCGCCUCUGGACACGUUCGAGCUUUAUAAUCAGGUCUAUUGACUGCGGAGUCCAGACUUGCUUAGCAUAGCCAAGAUGGCCGGAAUCUUACUGGGGUAAGGUAUGCCAAGCGUCUAACAGUAAUGCUUUUGACGAGUCUGGUGUUUCUCCGUACAUAUCCCAGGAGCUAGCCCGGGAACGGCAGACGCUUCUCCUCGCUCAUCGCCGCUGAGGGAUGUUUCGCGAGGAGGAACGUCUGCGACUCAGCGACAGAAAUUCUAUACUGAUGACGUAAAUCAAUGUUUACAUAAUAAAUCCGGUAGUCAUGGGGUUCCAAACGCAAAUUUGUUCAAUCAUAUGUUUCUCCUGGUCGAUUUUGGUGAAGUGUUGUGUUCAUCCGCGAAUGAGCGCCAGCAAAACUGAAAUGCUUCUAGAGAAGACUACAUUCCACAAAUAUUGGCUGUUUUGUUAGAGAUUCAUCGCGUUUACAUUUGACCUUUGCGGCCUUUUGUCUUUUGUCUGUCAUUCGUAAACAAUAGCUAAAACAAUAAAACUACUCUGUCGACCAAUUAGCUCUUCUGACCGGAUUCCGGACAGAUUUUGCGUCAUCAGUAUGGAAUUUCUGUCGCUGAGUCGCAGACGUUCCUUCUCGCGAAACGUCCCCCAGCGGCGAUGAACGAGGAGAAACUUCUUCCAUUUGCAGGCUACCCAGGAGCCUGCUGGCCUUAGCGCAUUGCACAUUGACUUGCUUAUUCCACGUGAGGUUAUCCAUGAUGUAAACACCAACUGAAGAUCCUUCUCGACAGAGACAACUUCAAGCUAACAGCCGGCCAUAUGAUAGACAAAGAUGACGGCUUGUGCGCUUUGCGUUUGCUGUAGUUAAAGUUUAGGAUAGCAGAAUCUGACCAAGUGACCAAGUCAGAUAGGUCCUCCUGAAGUUGUUCUGCAUCGCGCGUUGAUGUUAUUUCAUUGAAAACCUUUGUGUCAUCGGCAAAAGCGGCAAUCUGACUUGAUCUAACAACAUCUGGCAGAGACUUCACAUACAGAAGGAACAAUAUGGGGCCUAGGAUCGAUCCCUGUGGGACCCCUGAAGUCACAGGUAAGGGGCUUGAUGUUGCACCCAAUAUAGUCACUCGCUACUGAUGUAGCUUCCAUAGGAGUAAUUCGCGUGGUUUAUUGUGUCAAAGACUUUUGACAUGUCCAGAUAAUUCGACUUGCACACCUCUAUCCAGCUUUGUGCCAAUUUGGUCUAAAACUUCAACAAGCUGGGUUACACAAGACCGUUCAGCUAUGAAGCCAUGCUGACAUGCGCUGAUAAGAUUGAAAACAUGGUCCCUAAUAGCAGUGAAUAUGCACCACUCCAUGACUCUAGGAACGAUAGAAAGUAGCGAGAUCGGUCUGUAGUUUUCCGCUUGUUCUUUAUUAUCUUUUUUGAAAACAGGAAAGAUGUUUGCUAGUUUCCAGUCCUCCGGCAGACAGCCCAACCUAAGCGACUAGUUGAACAAUUCGGUAAGCAAGGGUGCUAUCACGUCAGCUGUUUCUUUCAAAAUUUUUGGCAGGUAAUUUCAUCUGGUCCAGUAGAUUUACUGGCAUCAAGAUUAAUCAGGAAUAGUUCAACUUGAGAUAAUGAGAGAAUCACAUCAGUGAAGAACGGGUCAGAGUCUGGUAACUGACCAUUCUCGCUUUCAGAGGCUGGAGUUCCCUGAUCAGAAGGGAAUACCGACGCAAAAUACUGCUUGAAUAAUUCCGAAUUAUCACUGGUUGCCAUGGUAAUCGUUUCAGGGACGUUUUUGUGUUUUGAUUUCACUUUCAGAACAGACCAGAAGCGUUUCGGGUUUGACUUUAAGUUUGUGGGGGACGAGUCUCUAAGAAGGAGCCCACAACGAAGUGAAGGCUUACGACGAUACCAAAAAGCAAAACCGGCCAAGGGAUAAGGGCCAUACGCCGUGCAAGAUGGAACAAAUGAGUUGGUACCGGAAAAAACGAGUUCUCCAGGCAGGGACUAAAGAUGCGCAUAGGGAAGAGCUCUGGGAGUACCAUGAUGAGGCUUGUACUCAUUGGAUUUUUGGUAUAGAUUACAAUUCUACUCAUAUUGAGUUAAUAAGAUAGACCUCUUUGGGCUAUGAACCAAAAUCAAGGAAUUAAUCUAGUAGGCACUUUUAAAUCUUCUCCUGUUAGGCUGGUAAUUAAUUUGCCUCACCGGCUGGGUAUAGCAGCGUUCUCUCCAGAAAAAAAUAUUAUGCUCGUAGUAGCUUAAACGUCAUUAACGACAAAGCUCAAUUUUAACAGCCGAUUGAUGUUAUUGCGAACUGUAUUACUCUGGCACCGUGUCUAAUAUGAUUAGCAUAAAUUUCUCACUAGUCUUCUAUAGCAUCUGUCAAUAAACCUACUAGAGGGGCAGCAAAAACUAACUGCAUGAAAUGAAAUGUUAACAGAUGAACGUUUUGGAGAACAUAUUUAUAAGUGUGAUUCAGUCCACCUUCUCUUUUCCCUUACACCUAGUCUAUCGUCAAUUCAGCAAAAAUAAUUACACUAGGAAAUCAGUACAAAGGCGAAAUUUGAUUUGUAGAAAGUCCAUAGUCUCAUGUUGUUUCCAUGCAAAGGCAACAUUAACAAACUGCGAACUCACCGGUCGAGAAGAUUGGUUUCCCAUGCAGGGUUUCUUAGAGCUUUCAAUAAUUUCGGGACAAAUGAAUGCACUAAUAGAAACACAAUCUUAAUACUACAUUGCAUUUUAUGUUGACAUAUAUUUCUCCUGUAAUGGAAUUAAAAAGGAGCGUUGAGAAUCAGUCUUACGAAAUCUUUCGAAAAGUGUUUUUCAGUAGGUUACUUUGUAUGUCGAGCGGCUGAAAAGUUGAUUCUUUGAAGUUAAGGGUCAGUGUUGAAGAUCUGCUUCAUUCAUUAAAAUUCAAGAUUUUCUAAUAUAAUAACGGCUUUUAAAAAUUUAAUGUGCACCUGUAAGGUUCUUUCACUAUCCGUAUCAAGGCUUCAAAAUUAGAUUUCUCUCUGAUACGUUUUCGUUUCAAUUUAUUGUAGUAAAAUUUUAAUAUAUAUUUUGUCAUUCUACCGGAGUAGACAAUGUUUCAAAACCAGAUUUUUUUUUUUUUUUUUUUUUUUUUUUUGCGAUUCAGGAAACUUGCUUGGUUUUUAAAGUGACCGAGAGAUCGCAGUCAUUGUGAACGCAGAUGACAAAAGAACGUUGUUAUUUCAUCCGGGAUUUGUGGAAUUCUUACAAGUCAUGCAGAGAGGCGGUAAACCAUGACAGUGACUGUAAUUCUAGAGAGCGAAAUGUAGCAUAUAGGAGUGGACAAACUUUGACACAAAGGAUUUGUGUUAAAUUGUCGGACGAUCUGCUAUCCUUUAUAGAGGUAAAUCACUAGAAAUAUUUCGGCGACUUGGUGACAGAAGUAAUUUAUUAAUAAGUGUGGCCUUUUUAGGGAAAAUUCCCACCGUAAUUUCUGCUUCACUGACGUUUUCUAUCAGUUAUUAGGAAUGCCAAACACUUCUGUACCAAUACAAAGUACAAAAGCACAGAAAGACAAAAUAACACAGAAAUUUGAUGUUUUUUGUAAUAUUGAAGGCCGAUUGUAUGUUACUUGAUUAUGACAAAUUUUAUUUGCAGUAUAAUUAGAGUCAUUUUUGGCUAUUUAUUCAACAAAUUCUUACAUAAACCGCAUUAAAACUAAUAAAAUUGGUUUGAUUUUAUUUGGUAAUCCUUUUGCAAUGAUGACACUUUCCAUUAAAUCUAACCUGCCGGCGUCGCAUACAUCAAAUAAACGAUGGAUAUGUCUGUCAAUAUUAGAUGACGUUCAAAUGGUGUAAAAAAUUAGGGCAGAAACGAAUCUCAGAACUUUGACCUAAUAAUUUUGAAAUGUUGAUGACCCAGAAGUAUAGUGAUGAUCUCUGAUAACGUUACCUCGCUUCACGUCAUUAUUUGCUGGUUGACUGGGAAUAUCACCCGUAUCCUGAUCGUUGGAAAAAGUGUAUUCCACUACGUAAAGAAAAUAUUUUGAGGAUUUAAAACGAAACAAAAAUGCUAAAGCGCAGUCACCAGGGGAGAAAAAGUAAUAUAUAUUAUUGUGGGGAGCUGUGUAUUGUUAAGAUAUAUGAGCUACUGCUUACUGCAUACAAGACUUAAACAAUUUACUGUUCCACGAGCUAAACCAAGAGAUAACGUCCUCAGUGGCACGAGUGAUAUACCUGAAUUUCUAUCAUUUCGAUAAGCCAAUGGCCUAUACUUGAUGACAGAAUCAAAAUAACCCUACGGUUAGAACUUCUAUUUUACACGUAAUAUGAAAAUACAUAGAUCUUGAUGUCGACCGAUUCUUUAACUGAGAAACUCGGUGAUGUAGGACAGAGGCCAUUCACGCAGAAAAGACAACUAUUGGGAGGAAACUAAAAAGGUUUUCACCAAGUCCUGCUAUCAUAUGUCCACCGUGCACCUAUAAAUGAUAAUUUGGUGUUGACUAUCCUCUUUAGGUCUACGUAGUCAAUAUGUCAUCCAGAAGUGCAAAUAUUCUAAUACUGAUGGUUCUUAUCGCAUCAAACUGCUCUGCUUCUAACCCAUUGUAAGUUUAUAUACCUAAUUGUAUGUUAAAACAGUGAUCCUGAUUUUGUCUCUACAAUUUAUAACAAAAAAAUUUUGGUGGAAACAGAGCCCAAUCGGAAGGCAUGUCUCGAGUAUCAACGUUCUUAUAAGGGAAAAAAAGGGUCUUUUUCAGUAAAUUUUUUCACUAUCAAAUAAAUCAUUUAUGAUAAAAGCACCAUCUUAAAUUUCUCAAAGGAGCAAAGCAAACGGUCGCAAAGCAAAUCGCCGGAUGAAGAGGUGUUCAUCUCAAAAUACGUUAAUCAGUGAAAGGAAACUUUAAGGAUAGAAUGUGGUCACAUACGCAAAAUAGGAAAGAACGGAAAAAAAAGAAGAAAAACAAGACCGAUGUUAGACGUGAGGCCUCAAUGUGUUGACGCACUUGAGAGACACCUUUGACCAGUUGCUUUGAAGAAAUUCUCAAGCUAUUGCAGCUUUAGUAGUGUAAUUAUCUUCAGUUUUGAUGAAAGGAAAUGUCUUUUCUUAGACUCGUAGGACGAUAACCAGUUUCUUAUAAAGGGAAAUUUAUUCGAUUAGAAAUAAGCAAUAUAGUGAUGUUUCUCGUAGGACAAGAAAUUAUAUCUUAUCUAGCUGUUAAACACUCAAAUUAGCAAUAAUUAGGGCGCACUGCCACUAAAACCUAAUGAGAUAAGUUUUCAACUUAUGAAUGCCUGACUUUCACUAAGACUUUACAACUAAGAAAUCGUAAACUUCUGAGACUAUUUUUACGCAGACAGGAACUGAUUGUCGACAAAAAAUAAUCCUGUUGUAAGCUGUUUUCCAACCUCCCCUUUUAGGCGACGUAAGCGACGUGCCCUUGCAAGAAAUGCUACCCUCAUACAACCAAGCUUCAACAUGUCAAGUCUACUGACUUCUAUAAUGAAGGACUAUGACAAAAACAUGAGACCCUUCUAUGGAGGUGAGCAGAAGGUUAAGUGAUGUGUUAAAAGAAAACAAGAGAGACUAAAAUGCAAGGUAGGGUCAGUAGAUUUCAGCAUUGAGUUUCUGGGAAACUCACGGCCUACCUCCCCUAGCCCAACCAUUUUGCCCUAAGUAAGACGUUUAAGUCGGGUGGGGUAGGUAUGAAGUUUUUAGAAACUCAUACUGAUCUUUUCGUACGUGACGCAUGCGCACUGCCAUAUGACCCCGACAGUAGUAUGUCCGGACAGCUGUUUUGUCCUUGUUAGAGCUCUCUCGUUUGAUUAGAGACCACACUGUUUACCACCGAGAUAACUGAUAGGGCCGACCUGUGCGUGCUUAAUAGGGAAACUAGUAAUACUGUAGGGAUUGGUAGCGCCUGCCAUUGGCUGAAUUUUCUCUCUAAAAACUAGUGCAUUGUAGACAAACGAAUGGAUAAAAUGACUAUGGUAUGUACAAGCCACGUUCUAAAUCAUGAGCGUUAUUUACUUUAGAUAUUAGUUAUCGGCAAUAUAUCAGUGCAUGUUGUUCAAUCAACUGAAAUGGCAAUCAAACAGGAGGUAGUUGUAUUCGUUACCAAGAUAGUGCCGAUGAGACCAUGCCAUAAACUUGGGAACUUUAAGCAUUUAUUAGAAACUCACCCCCAAUGCAAAGUUUGGUACAAGCCCCAGGAACCCAAUCGAGAAUUUGUAAUUUUCAAGACUAUUACAAUGAAUUAAUUAUUAUACAGGGAUGAAUAACUUUUUUGUUAAAUUUCCUCAUAAGCUUUAUAUAUGUUUUCUUCAUUCCAGUGAAAUCAGUGGAUGUUAAGGUGGAUAUUUUAAUACUAUCAUUUGGCGAAAUUCAAGAAGCAAAUAUGGUGAGUUUUGGGGUUGGAAUGAUUGUUUAUAUUCUCACUGUUGAAGUUUUUUAGCAAUUUCCUUUCAUAGUUUCACCAGAAUUUGCCAAUUUUGAAUUCGGUUAAAGUAUAUAGCAAAUAAACCAGGAGGUUCGCAGAAAAUUGAAGGAGAAGCUUAAAAGGAUUACGAUUAAGGUUCCUAAGAACAAAGUUUAUUUUGUUAAUGCUCGGGAGACACAUUUUGAUGUAUUGUCAAAGCUGUUAUUUCGUCUGUUAAAAGCAGUUAGUCGCCAAAACGACACAAAAUCAAUGGAUUGUCUGAUUCUGAAGCUUAGGUAGAUGCUAAAGUAAGCCCCGGUCCAAAUCUCUCCGUUUUUUAUUGUUGUGAUAGGAUUUUAGUCUGGAUCUGUAUCUUGGUCUGUUCUGGCAAGAUCCCAGGUUUGACUUGGGUAUAAACCAAUCCCUUACGCUUGGAGGACACUUCACAGAUAAAUUCUGGCUUCCGGACACCUUUUUUGUCAACUCAGUUCAAACAAGCGUACACGAGACGAUUCUGCCUAACUUGAAAGUUUGGGUGAAUUUAAAUGGUGGACAUAUGAUGCUUAGUGCGAGGUAUCAGUUUGACUAUUAAUUCACAUGUUCAACUAUCUGGUGAUUCUGGUUAAAGUUGUCAGUAGUUUAAAUGUCUUUCCUCCAGACGCUUGACAUAAACUUGGUUCCUUGUAAAAUAUCAUUCAGCCAAAAUGUUUGGAUGGGAGUUAAAACCGCGAAUAUGGCUAGGAAGUGGUUCCUCUGAAACAACAGUACUAUUAGUUCGUCUUUGUGGUUAUAUUAUCAUUAUCAUUAUCAUUAUCAUUAUCAUUAUCAUUGUCAUUAUCCUUAUCCUUAUCCUUAUCCUUAUCCUUAUCAUUGUCAUUGUCAUUGUCAUUAUCAUUAUCAUUAUCAUUAUCAUUAUCAUUAUCAUUAUCGCUAUCGUUAUCGUUAUCGUUAUCGUUAUCAUUAUCAUUAUCAUUAUCAUUAUCAUUAUCAUUAUCAUUAUCGCUAUCGUUAUCGUUAUCGUUAUCAUUAUCAUUACCAUUAUGUACAAGAUAUACUAGUGUAAUUGCGACUGAUCUUCUCUCUCAAAAUUCGAGUCCAAACAAUGGACUUUGGGAGGCAAAGAGGGUUCUACUUGAUGGAGAGGACCGACCUGAGAAGGCGGGCUGUAGAAAGAAGAGUUGUUUUCUGGAGUUCAUGUGUGUUGAUGUUGCCAGGUGUUGUUGUAGUUUUCCAUAUCCUUCUUGAUGGUGCCAAGCGCUCCUAUAACCACUGGGACUGUUGUUGUUUUGAGCUCCCAAAUUCGCUCAACCUGUAUUUUCAAGUCUUUCUAUUUGUUACGUCUAGCUUUUCCGUAGUUUUGACUGAGGUGUUGGUGUCGAGGGGUAUAGUCACGUCAAUGAGAAGGCAGGUUUUAUCCUUCUUGUUCUUUAGCACAACGUUCUGCCUAUCAGCUGCGAUGGUCCUGUCAGUGUGGAUGGGCAUCUCCCUCAGAAUGAUGACGCUAUCCUUCUCGGUGAUGCUCAUAUCAUCUUCCUUCACCUCAAUGCCAAACUCUUUGCAGAUCAUCCAGUGCAUGUGUGCAGCUGCCUUGUUGUAGCGGUGGUAUAUUCAGUUUUAGCUAGUUCAGGGCAGCUAGAGACCAGGUGGUCAAUGGUCUCGUCGAAACGGCACACAGUCUACAUUUUGGGUCCUCGUCAGGCUUCUUGAGUAUGUUGUGUUGUUGCCAGCGUACAAUACAAUACAAUACAAUAAGAGUUUAUUGUGAAAAUACACUUAGCUACAAUAAUGGUGUGCUUUCGCAGACGGAACCGAAAUCGGGGUCUGUGAAAGCACGCCAGCUAAUUUACAGGUAUUCCACAAACACAAUAAAAUUAAGAGUUAAAAAACUAGAUAUGGAAUAUUCUAUAAUUAAAAUUAUAACAAUAAAAUCUUAAUAAGUAUAUCUUGUUUCUAAAUAAAUACUAAAUUCAAUAAAAAAGCGUCGAAAUUAUAAAAAUUGCACUAGGUCAACUUGGCUAAUGGAUCUCUUAAAAGACUUAAAAUUAGUUAUAUUUCUAAACAUGUUCGGAAUUGAAUUCCAGAGUUUCGGACCAAUAUAACGGACUGAGUUCAAGCCAUAUGUAGCUAGUAGACUUUGGCUUGGGUAGCGAGAGGAUAUAGUCACCUCUUAAAUUGUAGCUAACGUGUUGGGAGGCUUUGAUCUUGGGCUGCGAUGAUAAAGUCCUCGGUUUCUGCCUUGAGGCCAGCUGCUUUUAGCCAUCUGUGGGUCCUGUCUUGUUCCAGCCUGUUCAUCCGCUGUGGCUAUUUGCCGUGGAGCGAUUUUGAUUCCAACUUGAGCCUGAGCAGUUGGCGACCCUGGUGUUUGGCCUUGGCCUUUGUUCUGAGGGCAUAGGUGGUGUUCGCCUCAUCCUCGGCAGGUGGUAUUGGAGGCACUCCCAGUUCCCGAUUGAACUUCAUUGACUGUCUGCUAAUGGAGUAAAAGGAUUUCCUGUCGUCAGGGUCUUUGACAAAGUGGAGGAGGGUGAAGGUAUUUAUCAAGACCGAUAGUGGUCGUCUUGUGGCAAAGCUCACCUCUUCAAGCAAGGCUUUGUUGAUGAGGAGCUGGUCUUUGUAGCCAUAGCUCCUGCGGCGGCAUCCUUUUUGCACUUUGCAAUUGGGGAGCAGGUUGUUGCUUUCGAGAAAGAUGAAGGCCCUCAUCAUCAUUAUUAUUAUUAUUAUUAUUAUUAUUAUUAUUAUUAUUAUUAUUAUUAUUAUUAUUAUUAUUAUUAUUAUUAUUAUUAUUAUUAUUAUUAUAUUAUUGCUCUGAGAAGCGACCAGUUUCCUUGGGAGCGGCUGGAGGGAGUGAUCAUUUAAUUGGUAAAGAGCAAUUAUCGUAAAAUAUGGGCUAUUCCCAUAAGGCUGAUCUUUUGGAGUUCUUCGAUGCUGAUUUUUCCAGGGAUUUUUCCAAGUAUUUUCGUAGGCCCCCUUUUAACUAGGCCAAGUGCUCCAAUAACUGAAGGCACAGUUUCUGUUUUAAGGCCCGUCAUCCUUACGAUUUCGAUCUCUAAGUCCUUAUACUCGAUUACACUUUGAUAGCUUUUCAAUCACUUUGACAGAUGUGUUUCGUUUAGCGGGUAUAGCCAUAUCAAUCAAUACGCAUUUCUUCCGUUCUUGGUCUUUAAUAAUGAAGCCUGACCUGUUGGGUUUGAUCUCUUUAUCGGUAUGAACCGGCAGGGAUGUGCCAGGGGAUAGUACAUGUUUCAUUUUCGUUUUCUGUUACUCUGUCUGGUGAAUACUCGUACCACUUGUCCGCCUCUACAUCCUUCUUUUCUGGAAAGGUAGAUUCUAUCAACAUCAGUCUUUAGUUGAUGCAUUCUUGCAAAAACCCAUUAUUAUUUCCAGUAUCAUUAAUGUCAUCAUUCAAAUUAUUAUCAUUAUCAUUAUUAUUAUUAUUGAUUCCGUUAUUAUUCUAAUAUAAUAUAGAAUUUUGAACUCUUAUUAUUAAUUAUAUCUAUUUCCUCUUCUUUUAUGUAAGGUUAAGUUACUUCUAUUUUUUAGAAUUUGUAAAUGAAUAGUUUCUUUCUUCACUUAUUAUAUAUAGGAUUGUUUUUGUUCUCUAAUGAAGGCCGAGGGGUUUCUUUUGUAACGGAUGGAAUUGUAGAUAGUGUUUUGAUGAAUUAAUUAGAUUUUUUGUAACAGGAGGUUGAUUGUAAAUAGGAUUUUAAUUGAGGUUUUGUAAUAAAGAUUUAAAAAAAUUUUUAUUCUAAUAUAAUAAUAAUAAUAAUAAUAAUAAUAAUAAUAAUAAUAAGUAUGUGUAAUCAAAUCGUGACGAGUGAAAUUUGAGAAUAAUUUCACGAGCGUUUGGUCCAAACCCUAAGGGGAGGAAAAUUAUUAAGAUUUGGACAAAAUGCAAGUGAAAUUAUUCCCUAAUUUUACGAGUGACGUAUACCAUUUGAUCACCUAUUAAUAUCAUGGGUGACAAACUACGCUCACAAUCGUAGGUUUUUGACAUUGCUCAUCGAAUCGAUCGAGAACUCUACGCAAGGAACACUUUGGAGCUUAAAUUUUGGCUUAAAUUCAUUCUGCAUUUUCGAGAAAAUACUUGAUAGAAUCCCUCUUGAUGUGCUCUUUUGAGUGUUUAGUUUUUCUAAAGCGUCUUUUAAUGCCCUGACAUCUUCAUUCAUUUUUUUUUUAACUUUGCCGCCAUCUUGGCACAACACGAGCAGAAGGUUGCCAUGGCAAUUUUAUUAUUUCACAUGUGAAAAUUUUAAUCAACGCUGAAAUUUCGAGCCAAAAUUAAGGAUUUAUUAGUAAUUACUAUUAUAAUAAUUUUACUAGCUGUCUUAAACUUUUUGUUACAUAUCUUUGAUGUUUUUCAAAUUAAAGUCAAGUGUCAAUUAAUAUUCAGUCCAGUUUAACUUAAUAAUGAAAUAUGAUUUAUAAUCAUAUCUUUGCUAUUUUGAGAAGAUACAGCAAAAGUGUUAUCCGUAGUAGUUUCCUAGUUUCAAAGUUAUAGAGACACUUUGUAUAUUAACCAUGCAUUCUAUAUAAUGCUCAAUAGAGUUUUUAAUACGACUGUGAUCGAUGUCUUCACGUCUUUAGGAUGAAAUCUACUGCCUCUUGCAAAAUGAAUUUGAGGAAGUAUCCUUUGGACGAUCAGAUUUGCCACUUAGCCUUGGAAAGUUGUGAGUAAAGCAAUUAUUUCUUUUCUAGGAUCGAAAACAGACCUUAAGUAUUUCCAGAGUGGAAGUAACAGGCAUAAAGCAUGUGCUCAGUUCGUCGCACGUGCUACAGAACUUUUAAACUCUAGAACAAAUCAACCUGAACUAUACAUAUCAGCCAAUGACAUCAGUCCUAAUCAGCCAAAGAUAAACGGAGUUUUUUUCUUGUUUGCGAGUCGUUAAAAAAGAGGAUAAUCGUCGUUGAUUCUCCGACAAUUGCUUUCGCAAAAAAAAAUCUGUUUGAAAUAUUUUCAAGCAUGACCGUCUUUCACAGGCAGGUUUGUAUACCAACGAAAUGCCCUCAAUUAACCUCUGACAGAGGUUUAUUUAAGGUGUAAAAUCUACUGCUUUAUGUAACACAGGUAAAACCAUCCAUUGUUUAACAGUGAGCUUUAUCUCUUUUUUUCAGUUUCGUAUGACAAUGAAGAUUUGAAAUAUAGCUGGACGAAGAAAGCUGGAACAGAAAUUUUCAUAUACGACAAGGAAAUGGCUCAGUUCAUUGUCAUGAACGCAACUAGACAACUGAAGCAUCCCCUCUAUCAUUCAGGUGUCCGUUUAUCAACUUCUCUGUUAGCCUUAAAACUUGAAUAAGUUGUGCAAGUAUAAGACUAGCCCCAAUCAGUAGACAUCCAGAAUGGGUUAUUUUAUUGGCCGUUCGAAUGUGGUUAGACCAUAUUUCUGACCUCUACUGGAAAAGAAGUCUCUAUUUUACAAAAGAACCAUUUCUGACUAUUUAAGUACAUGCCUAAGAGGUCUUUUUUCAUAUUAAUUCCUGUUUUCCCUGGUGCUCUAAGUUCUGCUUAUUUCUGUUAGCGCGCUGUGUCCUACAUGAACCGCGUACUUAUUUUUCAGAGACGUUCUCCGGCCUCACCGUGACCGUCCAUUUUCAACGCCGUACGAUGUACUAUAUCUUUCAAAUGUACAUCCCUUGCGUUUGCAUUGUAGCUCUUUCAUGGGUGAGCUUCUGGAUUGACCCGGACGCUAUACCCGCUCGUGUUGGACUCAGCAUCACCACUGUACUGACCAUCUGUUACAUGUUGGGAUCUGUGAACUCCAAGCUGCCUCGUGUCUCUUACCUCAAGGCAAUAGACUACUUCUUGCUUAUGUCGUUUGGAUUUAUCUUUUUCACCUUGGUGGAAUAUGUGUUCGUGUUAAGAUACUCUAGAAAGAUGAAGUACGUGGGUAGUUUUACCCCUGGACAAAGGGCGCAUCUCGAUUUGGCAGAAAGAGGAGAGUGGGUAAGAAAAAUAACACCCUCUUUUACCGCUGGAUGUCCCUAAAAGUGGUAUUUUGUUAACAAGUGAUUUGAUAUCUAAUGGCAGACAACAGGUGAAAGGAAAAAAAUUUAGGACGCUUUUAUUCCUAGUCCUUUGCGAGCAACAUCCCCAUAUGGGGGGGUGGAUAGAGACUUGAUGAUUCCACAGCUCAACAGGAGGUGGGGUGGCGAUGCCAAGCGGUUUUAGUGAAAACAAGGUUUGGGUGGGGGUGCUCAGUCCCAGGGGCUCACAAACCUCCUUUUGAGCUAUGGAAUCUAGUCAUUUCCAGGUAGGGGAGAACGUUUUCAGGCUCCAUUUUUCGGCUUAGCGCCUCUUUGAACCAAUUGACCACCGCCCAGACAUUCUCGAGAGCUAGUCCACCGCCCGAAAUCGACAGUCGCUUUGAACUGGUAAAACCUUUUGCUUUUCACGCCCUUCCCACUUACCAUCGUUUGAAGCUUAACACCUCAUGGAUUUAAACGACUUUUGCUCCAAGCCAAUAUGAUUCAAUCAUGCACAGGAAGGCAACAAAUCUGGAGCAGAUAGCCUUAAUGUCGUAUUUGCACCCUGAUUUGGACAGGGCUCCAAAUUAAGGCGCAAAUAUAUGAAUUUUACCGGCCUGUAAUCCAUCUUUUGGUUUCCACGUAUUAACUCUUUUCAAAAAUAACUUACUGUAGUGGUUUCUCACACGCUGUUUAAUUGCCGUUGUUUAUGAGAGCACGAGAGCAUAGAUCAUGAAAUCUUGUAUAUUCGUUAAUUCGGUCAUAUGUUUAAGUUCUGAGUAUAAAUCUAUUUUUUCGCAAAGACGCCAAAUCUGAAACUUAAACACCAUCAUAGUUGUAUGCUCUGUUAUUUUAUUUAUGUUCAAUAGUAAAAAUUUUACUAACCGAAAUAAUUUUUUUUCCCUUUUCUUUUGAUUCAGGAGGAUAAUCAUCAGAAGAUGGAGAUCCGAAUUUCCAUGGGCGGAAAAUCGUACAUUUUCACCGACACGUUAGAUAACGCAUUUAACACUUCGAAAGAAGAUAAAAGAGGUCAGCUCUACAAAUUCAAUGAAAUGAAAAAAACGUUCAGAACUUGUAAUCACACCCGACCAGUGUUCAGGAAAAGAACAAGCACAGAGAAAAAAUCCCUCCUGGAAAAAAUAAAGAAAACCAUCGGUUACACCAUCGAAGGGAACCAAAUUGACCGAAACUCGAGGUUUUUGUUUCCGUUUUGUUACUUGCUUUUUUUGAUCAUAUAUUUUGUGUCUUUCAUUUAUGGAGGUCAAGAUUUAGCCCAGAAAGUCUCUGAAGGAGAAACUUAUUGA